UUCGUAGGUUAUAAAAUGCGCGACUAAUAUUACUUUAUUAUGCAUAUGUUUUUUAAAAGCUUUGUUGUGACAGCUCUUCGGUAAGACUAUCUGAGAGUGAGUUUUACAGGUCGAGAGUGAGAUUUAAAGCAAUACAACACGAUGUCCACGGCCGCAACGCAGAAAAUUACAAAACACAAUUUCGUGACAACUUUCAAAGAUUAUGUUGAAAAGUUUGUGAAAGAUUAUAACGAAGGUCUAUUCGCAUUGGUUUGGGCUUUGUUAACGUUUGGUCUAGAACGACUCUUGGACAAGGAAACGUUCAGCUGCCCCAGAACAGGCUACCAGGCGUAUGGCAUUGCAUUCUUCGUGUGUCCAAUAAUUAUGUUAACGCUCUUGAAUUGGUUAUCAAUGCCAGCCGAGGGAGGGUACUACAUCUGGUCGUUAUUUAAGAGGUGUUGGGUACCAGCCUACCACCGCCGAGGUGAUUUCUUCGCUGGGUUCUUAUCGGCAAUCAGUGUGGGUCUCGUCGCGCCUGCUGCUUGGAUAUUUCUGGCGCUCCUGGACGCGCAGCAUUUGGUUUGUUGGGAGCUUGGGUACCAGUUUGGUGACAAUGUCACAGUUAGGUAAUACGCCCUUUCCAAAAAUACUAUAUUUAUACUUGAUAGCUCUAUCAGUUCUAAAUUGUUCUCCCUAUAUAUAGAGGUCCAGUAAGGAUCAUCUCUUAUUGAUCCAGUGUUACUACAGGAGGAAACCUAAACUAAACUAACUUUAUUUAUACUCAGAGGUCCAGUAAGGAUCAUCUCUUAUUGAUCUAGUGUUUAUACUGCAGGAGGAAACCUAAACUAACUAACUUUAUUUAUACUGGAUACGGUAGCUCUAUCAGUUCUAAAUUGUUGUCCCUAGAGGUCCAGUAAGGAUCAUCUCUUAUUGAUCCAGUGUUACUACAGGGGGAAACCUAAACUAAACUAACUUUAUUUAUACUGGAUAGCUCUAUCAGUUCUAAAUUGUUCUCCCUAGAGGUCCAUGCAGGAAGGAUCAUUUUUACGAUCUAUUAUAUUUAUUUGUAGCUAUUUAGAUGACCGUGGUUUUGGCUACCUCACAGUUAAACGCUACAAUGACAAGAUUUAUGAAGCAAAAUCUAAGUCCCAUACAGCUGCUGUCAUAUUUCUGGGCUCUGCUGUUGUUGUAUUCUGUUUUAUCAUUAUUCUGAGACGCUGUUGCCUCAAACCGUUUGACCCUGACGAAAGGUUGCCAGGUAAGAAACGUGUACUUUUAUUUAUUCUGGAUAGGUUAAGGGUUAUCCCACAUGACUAUAUUCCCUACUAAUUAACCCACUCAGCCAACAAUGUAAUCCAUGUAUAAUAUAUAGAAACGUAAUACAACAAGCUUUCGUUGCUAAGGAUGCAAGGAGUUACUAGCCAAAUGCGAAGGGUUGGAAAUUCUCCUUAUAUUUUUCACGUAGUUACGUCCCUACCAACGAAGGCUUGUUCAUAUUAUGGACACUACCCACACUGGCACAAACAGUUAAAGUGUUAAACCGUAGUUGUAUUACAAUAGGCUAGCUAAAUGACAUUGGUACAGUCCUGAUGAGUUCUAUUUCAACUUCUUCAGGUCUUUGCCAUCUGGAAGAACUGGAAGCAUUUGCCGCCAGAGACGAGCUAGAUCGGCUUCUCACCGAGGGAGACGAAUUCGAUCAGUUCUCCUGCAGGGCUUCCCUCGUGCAAUUCCUUGUCAUCAAAGAGAGAAUUUCUUCUCUUCAAAAUGAGACGAAAAAUGAAAAAGACGACGCGAAAUUGCGUGAAAUUCAACGAGAAAUCGUAGAAUUUAAAGAGCUAGAGAGAGUUCUCCAUUUCUGGGCUGAAUGGAAUAAACUAAACACGAAAAAAGACUUUAAAAUGAUCCUUGAAGAUUCAGAAGAAUUAAAGAAGGCGAGGGCCGAGUACGAGAGCAAAAGAGACAAACUUUCAGAAAAGCGGCAAAACCGAAUCAAAGAUGCGAAGAAGGCUUUAGAAAAAUACGAAGUUCCCUCGGAUGAAUCAGUUUCGACUGCUGACGUAAACAAAGUCCUUUAUCAGUCUUGGUUGUUGACACGGCUCAAGCAACAAGAGAGUUACUUCGACAUUGACGAACUUGUAAAAAGAUGGGAGGACGAAAAUGUGAAAGAAGAAAUCAAAAGGUUGACGCAAAGCGUAGCUUCACAGCUGGAUGAUGGAUUUAUCGACUCUCCUGAAGUCCGCGGCAGAAUUGUGGCUUCUUAUAUCAUAGAUUUAUACAAGAACCAAAACAAAUUUUGCCUGACACUCGAGCAAGUGAUGGAGAAAUUCAAAAGCAUCUACCCGCGGGCUGCGACCAGCGACCCCACGUUGAGAUAUGUUGAAGUUCAUAACCCCUUGUAUAAAUACAUCAUAAAUGAUGAUGGGCAAACGCCCUCGGGGGGAGAGGUGAGAGUACCAUUAUUGUACACGUGUGUGAAACCGUGGGAAAAGGCGAACGAUGAUAGUUGGGAGACGUUUUUGCUUCAUAACCAUACGCAUUCGUGGGGUUGGCAAAUUACGGGAUGUUUGAAGUCCUAUUGUCCACUGACGCCGCCAAAUCGCCGUCAACGCCAAAGUGCGCGGACAAUUGCGACUGUGGAAAAUGGACAGCAACUACUACUCGCUGAUUAUAACAAUUCUGAUUAGAAAAGGCCAGGGGUCUCCAGAUUGUGCUUGGCAACUUUUCCCAUUUGAAGCAACUUCGAACAACUUUUACUUUUGAUAGCAACUUUUUGGCAACAGUAUAGUUUUAUUCUGUGCACAAAUCGACAACUAGUUAAGCCAGAAUUGAAAUGUUUGGAAAAAUGCUUCUGUUUUGUAUGCUUAAUAUCAUCGUAAUUUUAAUGUGCAUACAUAAUUUAAUCAAUUUGUAAAAAGGUAGAGUGCCUCGCAUGGGACUUCGAAUCCCGUUUGCACUCGUGCCAUUUGGUAAGUCUUGUUUUACUGUCCAAUAAAGUUUACAAUAUAAU